AUGUCCAAAGAGGCUGAAUUUGUUAAAACAAUUUCCAAGAAUGGUGAUCCACAAGUGGAUGUUCAUGAACGAGACACUGAGUCCAAUUCUGAAGAUGCUUUAGAACCUGAUAUUGAAGAGCUACCAAAGGUGGUCCGAGAGAUCGUUCCCUUAGAAGAUGAUCCCACUAUUCCAGUGCUUACUUUCCGCUACUUUAUAUUAUCAAUAAUCUUCAUCAUACCUGGGGCGUUUAUUGAUACGAUGAAUUCUUUCCGUACAACGUCAGCAGCAUAUUCCAUUUUUUUUGUUCAAAUAGCAUCACAUUGGUGCGGCAAGUGGCUAGCUAGGGUUCUCCCUAAGAAACAAGUUGGGUUUGGAAGAUUCUCUUUCAAUCUAAAUCCAGGGCCGUGGUCAAUUAAGGAAACGGUUUUGAUCACAAUCACUGCCAACAGUGGUGCAACUGGAAGCAUGGGAACUAAUCCUUUGGCUUUAGCAGAACUUUUUUAUGGCGAAUCCGUGAAUCCUGCUGUCGCCAUUUUUUUCAUGUGGAUGAUAGUCUUUAUUGGCUACUCCUUUGCCGGUAUCGCCAGAAAUUUCUUAUUGUACGACCCGCAAUUCACUUGGCCACAAGCUUUGAUGCAAACAACAUUGUUUCAAACCCAAAACAAAAGUGAUAAAGACGCUAAACAAGCUUCAAAGCAAAUGAAAGUAUUCUUCUUUGUCUUGAUCGGUUUAUGUGCAUGGCAGUUUUUCCCUGAAUAUAUUUUCCCCAUGACUUCCUCGUUGGCGUUUCUUUGUUGGGUUGCUCCGGAAAAUUACACGGCCAAUUUCAUUGGGUCUGGUCUCGGUGGUAUGGGAUUUCUUAAUCUUUCUCUUGAUUGGUCAAAUAUCACGUCUAGUAUUAUGUUGUAUCCGUACUGGGUCCAAGUGGUACAAUUUGCAGCAUUUGUUCUUGGCGCAUGGAUAUUGAUACCAGCUGCCAAAUGGGGAAAUCUUUCGAGUUAUCAUUAUGGGUUAAUGUCAAACAGUUUGUUUCUAGGUAACGGCACAAAAUAUCCAACUACUGAGUUGCUCACAACAAAUUUAAGAUUGAAUGAAACUAGAUACGCAGAACUUGGACCAGUGCAUCUUGGUGCCCAGCGUGCUUGGAACAUGUUUUUUGAUUACGCAGCAUAUGUUAGUGGGUUUAUGUGGGUUGUUGCUUUUGGAUACAAAAGCUUAUCUGGGUCGCUUAAAAGAUUGGUGACGUCAAGGAAACAAAAAGGGUCCAUAAACUUGCAAUAUACUGAUAGGUUAAAUAGGCUCCAAGCCGCCUAUGAAGAAGUCCCGUUGUAUUGGUACGUUAUUCUUUUCAUAUGCGCAUUUGUCACUCUAUUGGUAAUAUUUGCAACCGAUUCGUUGUUCAUGCCGUGGUGGUGUCUUCUUGUGGGAGUUGCCUUUGGUGCUGUAAUUGUCACCCCUUUAGUUUGGCUAUACGCUCUAUCCAACUUCCAGUUGCCCAUUGGUACCUUCAAUGAGUUAUUAUAUGGUUAUAUGAUCCAGCACAAAACUUCAAGGCAUCCAGCAGGAGCUAUGGUGUAUGGUGCAGUUGGUGGAGAUUUAUUUUACAGAGCCCAAUAUAUUCUCAAUGAUCAAAAAAUUGCCCAUUAUAUGCAUAUUUCACAAAGAGCAGUAUUCUUUUCCCAGAUAUUUGGUGAACUAAUUGGUGUUCCCAUCAACUACGCUGCCUUAAAGUGGGUGAUCCUGACCAAGAGAGAUUUCUUGGACGGCACAAAAGUUGACAAACUUCAUCAAUGGACGGGCCAGACAAUUGUCGGUUAUAACACCAAUGCCGUGCAGUAUGUGAUUUUGGGUCCAGAUAGAUUAUUUAAAAACUAUCCUGUAUUGCCAUAUGGGUUUUUACUUGGUGCUGGUGCCCCAUUAGUAUUGUAUCUUCUUCACCGAUUAUUUCCCAAAUCAAAAUUGAAGUUUCAUUUGUGGAACACAACUGUGUUCUUUUCUACUAUGAGCACCUUCUAUGGUAAUCUUUCAACUGGCUAUUUUUCCAAAUUCAUAGGGGGUACCAUAACUAUGUUUUGGGCAUUCCGAUACAAGCACAGUUUGUGGAAAAAGUACAAUUAUUUGCUAGCUGCUGCAUUGGAUACUGGUCUUAAUUUGAGUAUUUUACUUAUUUUCUUGUUCUUCUCUGCCGGUAAAACCGUCAACUUCCCUGAAUGGUGGGGCAAUAAUGGUAAAAGUGUGGAGAGAUGUUUUGCUAUGAGUUGA